CGGGCCCUCCCCCCGGCGGCUCCCCACAGGGCCGGGCCGGGCCGGGAGCGGCGGCGGCCGCCGGAGCUGAGUCAGCGCCGUGCCGCCGCCGCAAGAUGAACAUCAUGGACUUCAACGUGAAGAAGCUGGCGGCCGACGCGGGCACCUUCCUGAGCCGCGCCGUGCAGUUCACAGAAGAAAAGCUUGGUCAAGCAGAGAAGACUGAACUGGAUGCUCACCUGGAGAACCUCCUCAGCAAAGCAGAAUGCACUAAGCUGUGGACAGAGAAAAUAAUGAAACAAACAGAAGUGUUAUUGCAGCCAAAUCCAAAUGCCAGGAUAGAAGAAUUUGUCUAUGAGAAACUGGACCGGAAAGCACCAAGUCGUAUGAAUAAUCCAGAGUUACUAGGCCAGUAUAUGAUCGAUGCUGGUAAUGAAUUUGGCCCAGGAACAGCCUAUGGAAAUGCACUCAUUAAAUGUGGAGAAACACAAAAGCGAAUUGGAACAGCAGACAGAGAACUAAUUCAGACUUCUGCUAUAAACUUUCUUACUCCCCUAAAAAACUUCAUUGAAGGAGACUACAAAACUAUUACUAAAGAACGUAAACUAUUACAAAAUAAAAGACUGGAUUUGGAUGCAGCAAAAACCAGAUUGAAGAAGGCAAAAGUUGCAGAAGCUCGAGCCGCAUCUGAACAGGAAGUACGAAUUACUCAGAGUGAAUUUGACCGUCAAGCAGAGAUUACCAGACUUCUGCUGGAAGGAAUCAGCAGCACACAUGCACAUCAUCUUCGUUGUCUGAAUGAUUUUGUUGAAGCUCAGAUGACCUACUAUGCACAAUGUUACCAAUAUAUGUUGGAUCUCCAGAAACACUUGGAAGGAAGCUUUCCGUCUACUUUUCUCUCUAACAAUAAUCAGUCUUCCUCGACUCCUGUGCAGAGCAUUUCUACUCCCUCAGUUUUGGCCUCAGCUUCUGCUUCAUUGCCUUCAGUAAGCAAUUCAAUAGUUACAUCAGGCAUCAGUGAACUGAAGUCAUCAAGUGGCAGCAGGAAAGCUAGAGUUCUCUAUGAUUAUGAUGCUGCAAACAGCAGUGAAUUAUCACUACUUGCAGAUGAGGUGAUAACAGUGUAUAGUAUCCCGGGCAUGGAUUCAGACUGGCUGAUGGGUGAAAGGGGAAGUCAGAAAGGCAAAGUGCCUAUUACUUAUUUAGAACUGCUAAACUAAAUGGCUGGCCUGAAUAAAGACUGUCAAUUAUGGUGACACCAUAUUUAUAUACAAUUAAUGUUAUGUAAGCAGGUUUAAGUGUCUUCCAUGUUUCUUUCUUGAGGGACAAAUACCAGCCAUUACAAACUGGCUUUUCUGCCAGCAUGGUUGCAUGGUAAAUACUCUAUUCAAACUUAAUGUGUUUAAAGCUUUUACUUCAUGUGCCAAGAACAUGUUUCCUACAGAUUUGUUUCUACUGAAGUUUUCACUAAUACCAGCUUCUACUUUUGAGUAACCUAGAUUGAAAGCAGAAGGUACUGUUUUCUACUGAAUUUUUUCAUUAAUGGCAAAGCUUUUCUUCACAUAAAAUAAACUUAUUGUGAAC